CAUAAGAGGCCUCCUUCGAGUCCGCAGCAAAAACCUCAGUUUCUUUCCUUAGAAAAUUUCUCUCAUAAUAAUCAAACUAGAUUCUAAUCACUUUCAGAGAAAUGGAGCUACAUAUCGAUACUCAUCUUGGUUGUCAGUACUAACUUUAGGUUUCAAUUUAUUUUUUUAUGAACUAGAAAUGGAGGUAGAAGAUUAUUCGGUUAAAUUGGAGAAGAAGAAGAAACGAAAGAGAAAACACCCAAUAGAUUUGAGAAUAGAGAUGGUGAAAGAAAAUCAAGAAAAGAUAGCUCCAUUUCUAACUGGUUAUGAAAAGUUCAAGAUGAUUUAGACGUUCUCGUUUAGAGCUUCUUGUUAAACCUAAAGGAUCUAAGGUUAAUUUUGUUGGUGCUAAUUAUUCCGGUUAAGCUGAAGCUCCUAUAUCCUGUCGGUAUGCUCUUGGUGUUCUCGAUAAAGAGACGCAAACUCUUAAAAUCGUCAAAACUGAAUCCAACAAGAUAUUUAUUAUUUAGAUUGGAAGCAAAGUUCGCAGGCAAAGCUGAAGCAUCUGAGGAAGCAAAGGUAGAAGCAUUAACCCCAAAAGAGAAGGCAGAGAAAAUGAACGAUCUUAUCAAUGCCUUUGGAACUAAGAAGGCUAGAAAGCAGGCCAGAGAUAAGGCUAACCUGAACAGAAAGGAAGAUGCAGAGACCCAAAAAGAGAUGGGGGAAAAAAUUAAGAAGCUGGUCCUGGCUAAUGCCACGGCAAGUGACGAUUCACAACCUGCUCGUAACAUCCCGUACCAUGAUACUACGGCUGAAACACCAGAAAAAGCUUAUCCUAUAGAGAAAAUUAUUUCUAAAGGGGAAAAUGAUAUCCUCCAAAAAGCUUUACACUAUAUGUUCUACUAAGGAACAGUAUCACCCGAUGCCUUUCCAAUUUUUUUCCGCAAUCAAAUACAGAAAAUGAAGGAAAUCCAGGAUGAAACGGAGAGACAGGCUCUUGGUGUCAUAUAGUUGUAUAUGACUCACCUCAUCAAGUUUUAAGGAUCAACAAUGUGUAAAAUGUAGACCAUAAAGAAUCUGCAAAAAAACACCAAAUUCCAGAGAUGUUAUUCCAGA